AUGCCAGCACAAUCCGUGCCGCUUCCGAGCUUCCUGAUUGACAUUGUCUGCCAAUCAUCAUCAGGUAGGGCCUCAUCAAGACAAGUGGUAUGGCGGGCUAAACUUGAGCAUCUUCGGCAGAUGAAGGAUAGGAGCCAACCUCCGGCCCUGCACGGAGACUUGACAACAUCAAAUGUGGAGUUGCAUAUAGCAACUGCAUGUAACCCGCGGGUGACAUUAUCAUAUGUUAGGAGAUGCAAUCGGAGACUAGCCGUGCAAGUACAUUUGAUGCAUGGCGAGGCAAACACAACGGACUUCUCUCACUCUAUCUACUAG